UGUGCAUGUGCAUCAUCACCAGAGGGCGCAUGCACUGGACGUGAGGACUGCUGUACUGAUCCAUUACAAUAAUACGGACAUGUCUUUAUUCUGGACCAUUGAACUCGAGGAGACAGUAUAGACUAUAGAUCUUGCAGUAACCAGCACAUGGAUGUUUUCGUCUGAAUGCAGCGCUCGUGCUGCGUGCUAAUCACAUGCAUCUGUGUUCCUCAAGCAGAGCUUCUGCAAUACACGAGAAAGACCAGGAAACCAAAGGACUCCAUACAGGAUUUAUGUCCAAUACAAAACACCGUGUAUAAGUGUUAUUUUAUAGCUCCACUGAAGGCCAGUCCAGAUGGCUUUCAUGUCCAGACUGUCCCGGUCACGGAGUAAUUCCAGAUCUCCCAGCAGAAAGGACUCAGAGAAAGGCUGUCCUGUACUAACUGUUGCUGAACUAGAGCGUCUGUUGUACACUGGGAAAACCGCCUGUAAUCAUGCAGAUGAAGUGUGGCCAAGACUCUACAUAGGUGACCAAGAAAUUGCCUCAAACCGCAAAGAACUCGUCAAGCUUGGGAUCACGCACAUCCUCAACUGUGCUCAGAGCAAAUGGAGAGGUGGUGCAGAGUGUUACGCUGGCAUGAACAUCACGUAUCACGGCAUUGAAGCCCACGACUCGCCCUCCUUCGACAUGAGUGUCAACUUCUACCCAGCGGCUGAGUUCAUUCACAGAGCCCUUAGUACUGGAGGAACGGUUCUUGUGCAUUGUGUAGUCGGGCUGAGCAGAUCUGCUACGUUGGUUCUGGCCUACCUCAUGAUUCGGCAGAACAUGACUUUAUUGGAGGCUAUCAAGACUGUGAAGGACCACCGUGGCGUCACGCCAAACCGCGGUUUCCUACGUCAGCUCAGCGGUCUGGAUAGCGUACUGCGUGCCAGCCGCAAUGUAACAUAAAGCCACUGGUAGCAUCUGAAUUUCAACCAUUCUGACCCAGGCCUUGACCUAAUGUGUUUGUAUUGCAGUAAAUGAGAGCAGAGUGUCUUUACAUACAGUGAGUUUAUUCCAGCUGUCCUGCGGUCAGUAGAAAUGCCUUAUUACAUCAGGACCUCUAGAAAUGUGCGUAAUGCCUUAUUCACUGUUAAAUGUUCACAUCUGUUCAUGUGACCACCCACUGAAAUGUUGCUGUAGCUAGCUCUGAGUUAAUCACCACAGAGAAUGACAUGCAUGCUUUCAUUAAAUUGAGAAGGAAUGCUUAAGGGGGCUAUUCACACACGUUUUUGCAUUUAAAACGCAAGUUUAAUUAAAACAACACGAGGUGUAGACAAGGUUAACUUUUAAUGCCACAUUUUUAGAACAGUGUCAUGUGCAAGAUACUGCAGAUAAGCAAAGGCAUUGGUCCAACAUGUCCGUCUAGUGUUUUAUUUUUACAAAAAGGCAGAGCAGUGUAGUGGAAGGCAAAAAAAAAAUCGUUGUGAAUGAUCCCAAGCCUGGUUUAUGCUUGCCACAAAUUCACUUGGUUGUGCGUGACAAAAAUUGUCAUCGCACCACUGGCAUACAGUUCAAAAUGGUCAGUUGGACAGACAGAAUGCACUAGGAUGAGAAUCGAAUUUUCCAGAUUCAUGUGCUGGAAACAAAUAUGGAAAACAAAAACAUCUGCUAUCUUC